AUGUAUCCGCAUAAGUUAAAGGGCAGAACCCGUAAUCUGUAUUCUGCCAUCUGGCAACAUGUGCAUCCAAUAAGACCAGAAUCUCGCGGGCAUUCGUUCCCUUGUCAUAAUGCAGGAUAUCCACACCGGAUUGAGCCCAGGUUAAAUGAUUGUGCGGCUAGGAAAUUUUGUUUGUCUCCAUUUUCUUUCCCAAGCGUUACCAUCCGGGAGAGUCGCCUAGGAUUUCGCGGGAAAUACGGCCCCAAAUGGUUGUGUGCAUCGCCGAGAUUUUACAGUUCCAAGGGCGAUGGCAGGAAUGGUGGUGAUGGUAAACAUAUACCGGUGAAAGAUACUGCUAAUUUUGAGAAGGCAAAGACACGGCGUGAGAAGGUUGUGUUAGACUCCAAGCAUCAUGAUGAGCAUGCUUGGCUGUGUCGGCAGGAACAGCACGAAUGGAUUGAUAACGCAAAGUCCUUUUGUGACAGCAGAAAAAGGGAGUCUCCAUUUCUGACUAAAAAGGAGAGGUUUAAGAAUGAGUUCGUACGUAGGCUGAUUCCUUGGGAGAAGAUCACAGUGUCGUGGGACAAGUUUCCCUAUCACCUGAAGUAAGCACUGCCUCCUAUUUCUCUUAUUGUCAACAACAGAUUGUUUCAACAUGCAGUCAUGCCAUGCCUUGUUUUUGCUUUUCUGGUUGCAGUGAAGACACGAAACAUCUGUUGAUGGAGUGUGCUGCAUCUCAUUUAAAGAAAAAUAAAUUUGCAUCAUCUUAUGGUGCACGAUUAGCUUCAUCAAGUGGGAGGAUAUUACUCCAGAGCAUCGCAGGUUCCGUAUUCACCGCCCUCCAUGGUUACAUUUUUUUAUAUUUUAAGAAAACUUAUUGGAAGAUAUGUUUGGUGGCAUGCUGGGUUUACAGGAACUGAACUUUAUCGUGAGAGAUUGGUGAGGGCCCUCUGCAGGGAACUGGAAGUUCCCCUGCUGGUGCUUGAUAGUGCUGCUCUUGCUCCAUAUGUAUGGUUGUAAUCAUUUAUUUGUUUCUUUACAAUUUUUUAAGGUGCUAUUUGGGAAUAUGAUUAUAUGUAGAGACCUACCUUUCCAGUUAACUGCCAUACUUUCUUCAGUGGAUUUAAUAUUUUAAAUCCUCAGGAUCAGAUGAUAAAAACUAUGUAUUGCAGGAUUUUGGUCAAGAAUGUGGUUCAGAAGAUGAAACAGAUGAUGAAAAUACAGAAUCUUGUGAAGAAAAUGUUGGGUCUGAGGCCGAGGAUGACCAUGAAGGUAGUAAUGAAGAGGAGCUGACUAGCAGUAAUGAAGUUAACACUGAUGAGGAUAGUGAUGAAGAUGAUGUUGAUGUGCAAGCAUCUCCUGAAGCUCUGAAAAACCUUAUUCCUUUUAGCCUUGAAGAGUUUGCUCAGGUAAACAUUUCGCAAACUGCUUAAAGAACGCUUAUACUAAAUGUUAACCUGUAUCCUAAUAUGAAUCCGAACCAUGAUUGGUUAUGUCAAUCGUCUAUACAUUAACUAUGUUUAGUUCUAUCCAAGAACGAGCUAGCAUCUGUUUUGAUUAUGCUAGAAACGACCUAUCAUAUUAUAUGAGACGGAAUAUUGUAAGAGUUCUCGACACACAUACCCUACAAAAAUUCAUGAAUUAUACAGAUGUAAUCGUAGUCCUUGUUCUUUCUUGUUUGAAGCUUAAAUUGUCUGCAGCAGUUCAUGCGGCUCAUCCUAAUCUCCAAUUCGUCUUAGUCAUUUUUUAUGUGGCACUCCUAGAAAAUCUUGAAGCUAUUCAAGCUUACCCACCAGUAAAAACUGUCUUAGGCGUAGCAAUGCUCACAUAUUUCUAGGUCUGGACAUAGAGCUGUGUUUCGGGGGUUAUAAAUACAAUUUAAGAGGUUUUUGAGGCUAAAAUGAGAAGCAUAUAUUUAUUGAUCCAUAAUUACAAAUACCUUUAUUUAUGGCAAGAAUUUCAUUCUGUUUAUUUACAAGGUAAUAUUUUCUCUGAUUAUGAGUGACCGUAGAUUAUUGGCAACAUUUUAAAGUUAAUUCUGUCAAUUACCAACUUAAACAUAUUUUUUUCGGAUAUUUUAAUUUAAUUUUAUAAUUUUAUAAUUCUAAGUUAUAUCUCAUAAUGUUGGUAGGGAUUUAAUCAACACACAUUGAAAAUCCUUUUUUAUUCUUAUACCUUGCUUUUUGGGAGUUGUCUUCUCAGAAACUGCGAAAUCUGCAUUUCCCCCCUACUUUUAUUGUUUCUGGGUGAAAGAAUUGAUUCUUGUUCGAUUUGCCAUUCUGACGUUCCUCUGUCUUUAUUGUAGAGAGUUUCGGGAGAAGAUGCAACUAGGUUGGCUUCGGCUCAGUCAGAUGCCAGUACAUCCUCACGGGAAUCAAGAGAGCCCCUUAGAAAGGGUAUAAUUUCACUUCUAAAAUGUUCUACUGUUUGUUUCUAACUUCAUAAGGUUGGUUGGUUUGGCAUAGAUAAACAUAUUAUUUAUAUUAUGUUUCUUGUUAUGUGAGCAUUUAAUUGAUUAGAAGAAUCCAAAUGAUACCCCAAAACCUUCUUUUCUUUUGAAAUUUGUGCUCUAAAUUUAAGACGAGUUUCUGGGUGCGUGACAAAAACUCCCUACAAGAAAUAGAUGAAAAAGAGGACUGUCUUGGAUUGACGCCUUUUUCGAUUAUACAUAGAUACUGAUAGAUAAACGAAUUGAUUUUUGCUUUCUUAAUCUUACCAAUUAGAUUCCUGAGGAUGUCUAAUCUCCACUGCUUUCCAGUGGACAUCAUUGAUCUCUUUUAUGGAAAAAGAUGUCGUUUUUGUCUUAUGAAGCUUGCAGAGGACACAUCUUGGUGCUGAUUUAUGAUUUUAGAACCCUUUUUUUCGUUUUCAGAUGUUACAGUCCACAGAUGUGUCUAAAAUUAAAAGGGUAGCACACGGUGUUGGAAAUUUUGCAUAUUAUUCCAAUAGAGCAUCACAUAUGGCACAGAAAGAAAAAUAACCUUAUUGCAGAGGCUCAAGAAGUUCUCAAGUUCAAGAUAUACUUCUCUUAAGCAGAUAAAAUGAGACUUCGAAAUGAUUAAAUUUCCGAAUGUCUCUGACAUUAGCCACAAAAGCUUUUACCUGUUUGUCAGCAGUCUUGACUUAGAAUAUCCUUGAUGUUCCAUCUUAACUGAAAUUUCCUCUUGUCUCUCCUAUCAGAUUGGCUACAUCAUGACUACUUGCAGAACUUUCCACCAAGCCCUUUCUGAUUGCUGUAUGUUGCAUGUACAACAUGACUUUUUGCUUUUGUUUGUCUUUUUUGGUUGAAACUGCCAUCCAUCGUUUUCUGAGCUGAAAGUAUUUUUCUAUCUUCUCCUCCACAGAGUAAUAAGAGUUUAUAAAACUUGUGAGCGAAUGAUUCACCUUAGUGAAUAUAUCCCAAAGUCCCAACAAUUAGCCAGUAUCCGACCUUUGUUUUUUAGGUAUUCAUUAUAGACCAUCUGCCAUGAGAAUUAGGAAGCUGAUGAUAAUACACAUGGAAUGGAAGCUUUGAUUACACUAGCUUAUGAGUCACUUGGAUUUGACAAUUGCAGUUCACUGAGAAUCAUCAUUCAAGGUUUAUUUUGUUGAAAACUCCUUCUCCAUGGAUACCUCUGUAUAUUGUAUUACGUUUCAGUUUAUGGAGGCCUCGAUUUUCUUUUUCCAUCUCUUUUCAACAGAAGUGCUUUUGAUCACUCCCAUUAGAACAGAGCGUACAUCUGUCAAAGUGUGGUCCACUGAUUUCUUUCGUAGUCUACAUGCUUGCAGUCCCCCAACACGUUGUCCUGCCAUCAGAUCAUGGCUGCCUUGAACAGUUAUUCCAGAUUAAACUAAUGGUAUCAUGUUCGGUAUAUGUGUGGCUCCUGUAGAAUCUGUCAGAAUCUGUAUUUGUCAUUUUGUUACCUUGAUAGAUACCUUGGUAGCAUCUUCUUCUCUUGAAAGCCACUUCCCAGAUGAAUGAAGGUGCCAAUUUUUUUUAGAGCGCAUAAAAGGAGGUGCUGGUUGUGUUUUGAUAUUAUUUAAACUGCAUUGCUUAUUAUUUGGCUGUUUGAUGUUUUAUGAAAAUUCUUUCGAAGUUGGCUUGUAAAGGAAGUUCUUCAUUGUUACAAACACACCAACCAUGAAUAAUUACAUAUUAUUUACUCUUGUUCUCAGACUGGAUGUAUCCUCAGCCAAUCUUCUCUUUUUUUCCGUUUGGUUGUCAGGGGAUAGAGUGAAGUACAUUGGGGCCACCGUGCACUUAGAAAUUGAUAACAGGUACUUAAUCACUUGACGUUCAUUUUCAUCGUCCUUGCCAAAACUUAUAUCUGCAUUCUGUUAUUGGGGGGUCAUAAAACCUCUUGGAGUCACGUAAUCUCUUUUCUUUUCGAAAUAUUUUCUUUACCUGAGCUAGUUAUGAUGCACAUUUGCUUUGAAAUACCAUAAUCUUGAAGCCUUGAUCGAUUGUUAUCUUAGACAGAAUCUAGUGCGGAUCAGGAUAUAUGGUUUUUUUAGUGGAAGUGUGUUAUUUCAUAUUCCAGAUUAGCGAUGAAGAUCCAUUCUAUCUUGGGUUUCGUGGGUUUCUGAAUAAUCAUGGUUAAACCAAGAGAUACUGAAUGCGUACAGUGACUUAGUGGUUUCAUUCACCACUGUCAUCGUCGUGAUUUUAGGUUUCAUCUCAUCGAGGGUACACCCCUUAUGAAGUGUCUUAGGAUGGGGGAACUUUUUUGUUAAUUUCUGCUUGAAUGAACCUUCUACGCGGUAGUCCUGACGGCCAAAACCUGAAGCAAAUCUGAAGCCGAAAUCGAGGGAAACCCAGGGGGAGAGAUAAAGGCGUGGGAGAAGAACGAUCAAAAGACUAGUACUUCAUCUGACAUUGCUUUCGUCAUGUGGUCUGAAAAAUGUUUAAAUCACUCAACUGGCAUCAUGAAAGUGGACUGUUAUGAAUUUCAAUAGACUGGUGUUUGGGAAUUCCUAGAAACGGUGGUCAUUGAACUUAGAUGGGAACAUAUUUGACUGUUAAUGAACUUGGAAGAGCUCUCUUUAAUCCUUGAUUGUACCAAAUGCGAUUUCCAUCAGACUUGCUCAAAGUAACAUCAGGUUGGUUGCUAAGGAAAAAAUUACUGUUUUGCUGUGAAAUUUGAGCACAUACAGGUAGAGCGGGACCAUGAAAGAUUCCUUCGGAUUUUCAAAAAAAGAGUUUGAGAUCUCAUUUGUGCAUCACUUGGUGGGGUCCAAGUGCAAGAUAUACUUUGCCUUGUGUUGUGUGCUCAUGUUUUAAAUUGCUGUCAGCAUAGAAUCCUCAUGAAGGUGUAGAUCUCUCCUGGUGAGGUGUGGGAGUUUCACCUUGUCAACCGGACGAAAUUUAAGGCUAUGCAGCAACUUUGCUCAAUUGUAAAAUGUAAAAUGUCGUGGAAUAUUCAUAAAACUUUGCUCAAUAACUAGCUCAAUUGUUUUCUGUUACUCUGGGAAUGUAGUUUGGAUCCUAGCAUUAUGUUAUCCUGACUAAGGUUGUGGCAUGAACUGGAGUUUAAUAUAAGCUGAAGGUUCGCCGUCUUCUUCUUGAGUUUAUGUGGUGGUAGCCCUAGCCAUCUUCAAGAUUAAAUAAUAUUAGCCGAAGGUGACCCUCCAUCUUGGUGGACUAGGCUACCUGGACAAAAUUGUGUUUUUAAUGCCUAACUUUGGUUAGUUAUUUCUUGGAUCUUAUUUCUAAGAGGCCAUUCAUUUAAGAAAAAUGUGUAUAAUUCACUUCUCUCCAGUUACGAGACUCAUUAUAGAUGCUAAUUGUGAUACAUAUAAUCAUGUAUCACUUAUUGACUUGGGAGUUAAUCAUUGCCUUUGUCGUUUUGGUUCUUUCUUGUUUUAUGGCUACCAGCUUUUCUUCCUAACACCUCAAGGUGGUUUCGAUGAGGGUGCUUAUUUGGAGCUGUUGAAUAUUUUGCAAAACCAUUUGUUCAGCGUGGAUGGAGAAAAGAGAACAUCAUUAAUGCAACUAUAAAAGGAUCAGUGAUCUCUCUUCGAGAUAAAACCCUCAACACAACUAUAACUUGACCUAUGCCAAUGUAAAACACUAAUCCUACGUAAUAAGUGCGACUGUUCUUUAGAAAAAUGAUGAUGUCUACCAUCUUGUGAGUGUGUUGUUGUCUCGGCUUAAAACGUGUUGAGCUUCACUGUGAUUUUGUUUCGUACUAUUCUCUCAUGUUAAUCUAGGUGCAACUAGAUAUAAAGUGUCUGAUAAGGGGAAUAAAAGGCUUGGUAUCAUGUAGAAUCAUUAAAUGCAUUAAUGAUAUGGAUGCCCAUAAUUUUCCUUUGUUACUUUCCUUAAAAUUACUGUCCUGUUGUAUUCUUAUGAGAUAUUUCAUCAAAGUGUAGGUAUUAGGUUGGUUAAUUGGACUUCGAGAUUUAUUACAUAAUCAUUGAGCCUUCAUUAUGACAAUAGGAUUUGCUGACCUUGCCUGUCUUUGAUCCAACAGAGCUGCUAAAGUGGCUUGUCUGAUCAUUUAGCUCGCCUUGAUGUAUUGUAGUUUUGGUGUGGUCAUUCCCGAGUCUUUUUACACAUGCUUCAAAACCCUUUUUUUCAUUCCCCCUCCAUUAACUACGUAUUUAUCCACUCCUGAUUGUUAGCAUAUAUCUUGCAUUACAGGGUUAAUUUGGGGAAAAUACCGAGUUCUGAUGGUCCAUCAAAGGCUUAUACAUUCGUUAGAGGCAGGUUUGUAAGUUUUUGGCAAUGUCAACCUGCUGUAGGUGUAUCCAUCAAUUGGCCUUCUACAAUCAGAGCUUUCUAGAGAUUUCAUGCCAAGAUAAACAUUGUCUUUUUUACCUUUUGUUAUGUUUUAAAUUGGAACUAGGAGCUUGGAAUACUGCAGAUAUGAGUCCCUUUUCCUAGUCAGGAUCUUUUAAGAAAGUUUUUUGCGAGAGGAGGUGGAGAGAGAGAGAGAGGUAGGGAGGCGGGGAUUAUUUUGUUCUCAGUGUGUAUCCCUCCCCAGGUUCUACUAAAAAUUUAACUGACUAACGCCUUAUCUUUUCGGAUCUUGUGUGAUGAGUUUUUUUUUCUUAUUUUUUUGAUAUAUGUUAUAUAUUAUGAUAUAUCUUAUAUUUAAUACUAAGAACUUCAUGGUAUAGGUGUUUUGGAUCCUCCUUUUCUAUUUUUAGUGCCAUAGGGUUUUUUCUGGAAAUGUAGAUAGGGGACAUAAUUUUUAUGUUUUGGCAGUGAGAGUUUUGGGUGGCAUAAUGAUGCUGGAAAUAUUUGAUGGAUGAGUUGUGCACGAAUGAUCUGUUGUUGUUGCAUUGAUGUGUGAUUUUCCGAUGCUCACUUAUCUGCCUCUGUUUUGUGUCUUACGCUAACAGCUUCUACAUAUGAAUGCUGAGAUAUCUAACCUGAUAUAUUUUUGUCAGACACUGGUGAUAGAAUCAGCUGUUAUGAUGAAUCAUUUCCAGUACUAGACAUCGAUGAAUUUAGAUGUAUAUUUUUGUAGAAAACAUUAUCUAAACACGUCAUCUAGAUCAUCCUCUAUUUCUUCUGUUUUUCACUUUAAAUGCAAUACUACGUACAUCUUCGUUUUCUUUGUUUAUUUUAAUCCGUCAUUUUCUAAUUAUUUUUCUAUCAUGAUCGUUUCUGUAUUAUUACACAAGUUUGAAUAGACAAGUUGAAUUUGAAUCCAUUUCCAUUCAGCAUUUGUGCUAGGGUUGACAAUGUGACCAUUGGCCGAAAUGUGGGAGGAGAACAAAAGCAUGGCAAGCUGAUGGGAUCACUUUUCUGGUGAAUCCUAAAGAAAACACCGGCCUUGAGAUGUCUUAUUUAUUCUCGGGAUCAUAGAUUAAAAUGCCAAUCUUUUGAUUGGGAUAAUCGGAAUUUGAGAGAGAAAAGAAAAGGAGAGAUCGCAGGAAGGCUAAUAGGUUGCAAAAUACUUCUUGGUAGUAUCAGAAAUGAUCUUCAUUGAAGAGACAAAAAAAGACGAGACAUCACUGGAGAUUUUAUGAACGUGAUAAAUCCAAAAUUAUGAGUCCAGGCGAUUUAGUUAAUGCUGUUCCAACUUAUUUUUUGUACGUAUUGAAUUUUGAGAAAUGAGUCAGAUACGAGAUGAACUCUCGAGUCACCCCUCCAGUUUAGAAUAGACAAAAGUCAGAUUCCCUUCUCUUGGUUGCAUCAAUGUAGACAGUUAUGAAUCAAGUAGUCUUCUGCAUCAUAGAGACCACAUUCCAUUCAACAAAGUCACGCUUGUAGCAUAAUACGUUUCAACUUUCUGACUGUAGUGCGUAGCCAGUUUCUUUUCCAUCAGAAAGCAACAUUCAAUUCUAGGGUAAUGGUAGGUAGUGGAACUAGAUGACAGGCAUUCCUCCAUAUAUUCUCUCAGCCGCAGAGCUGUUUCGUUCUCCAUUUUCCCGCCCAGGGAGGUCACUAUGUUUUAGGAUGCAUCCUAACGAAGAUCUAAUGGUUAAUGCCACAGUCAGAUCUUCAAACGUCACAUAUAUUUUUUUUUCCAUAUUUUAUAUUUGAUUAGAAGUAUAUUUAACAAUUGUUUGUCCUCAAGUAUCUGUCCUGAUUGUUUUGCAGAUUCAGGCUCAAUACAUGUUUGAGAUAAUGCUUAAGCACGUUAUUGUUAAAACCUUGUAAUCAUGUGAUGUUCCCUACUUUAUCAGGCCAUUGUCGAGUGGUCACCGUGGAGAGGUUUAUGAAGUCAAUGGGGAUCAAGUGGCUGUUAUUCUGGAUAGUAUUGAGAAAACGGGGGAAGAUGGAAAGGAUGAACUAAGUUUGGGGGGAGAUGCAACAAGACCAUCUAUUUAUUGGAUCAACAGUAAGCGCUUGCUAUUAAUUCUGGUUAUACUUUGCUCAAUAAUUUUGGCUUUGCUGCAGUUCAAAUGGAAUGGAAAACUAUAUCUGAGAUGAAAAGUAAAGUUAUUGACUAGCAAAAGCAAGGGAAAAGGAAAAUCACACACUGUAAUAAGCUUGUUAUUAGGACGAUAUGCUGACAAUCUCUUCCUUUUCGAGAAAAAGUGACGAUCAUAUCCUUUUACAUCAUGCUGUAACUAUCGGGGGCUCCUGAUCUCUAGUCUCUCAUUGAGCUAUUGUAUUAAGUAGAAGCACAGGUAAGCUAUUCCUGCAUAAAUUUUCAUUUGCCAUAUAGGCCAGUUGCCUUUGGGAGCUAGCUUCAAGAAGUGAGGUACUGGGUUACACACCCACGUUUGUCUAGAACGAAGGGGAACGAGUGUACACAAACGGCCCAUGGGCAUCUCUCAGGUCUACAUCAAUGGGUUUCCCAUGUUUCGGAGUCAGCAGAGUAACUCACCUCUACCCCGUUUACUUUGAAUGAAAUUGGUUGUAAUGCCUGCCUUUCUUUGAGGAAAGUCUUUCCAUGUACAGAGGCAAAGAAAUCCGUUUAUCAGUAGUGAAUAUGGCGGCGAAAUAAGUAACUCAAGCGUUUGUCAAUAGUUGUAGGUGUGUCACCUUCCAUCUCAGUGAGUUGAUAUAGAAAGCUUGGGCAUUUCCAUAGUCAUCUGAAUUCUGCAACACAGCAUGAAUUAGGGAGGCUGUGGGGUUCUGUUUAGUUUUGCUUCUUCCCAUUUGCUGGGGAUUCUUGUGAAGACUACUGAUAAAUUAGCUUGCUUCUUGGAUGCGUGGAAUUUCGUUGCUCUUUCUCUUCUCAAGAAAUAAGUGGGUAUAUCUCACUCCAUGGUGUGUUUCCAAACUUCGAAAAUGGCAGAAAAACCGUAUUUCUACUUUUUCUGGCCCAUCCUCAGAUGGCAUGCGGUCUUCUUUCCUUCCCUUCUUUCUUGUUCCUAUGCUAUCUUAGUUUAGAUACUAUUUGUCUCUACUUAGUUCAAUUGAAAAUAAUAAGAAAAAUAUAUUUUAUGUUUUACACCUUGAAAAAUAAUCUGUUUCGCAAUUAAAAUAGCAAAAGAAAAUUUGUUAAUGUGACCUUCUGUUGAGAUGUCAUUCAUUGACACCUUGACACCACCCCAGAGUUCCUAAUUCGUCAACACCCUUUACGCCUCCAUCACAAGCAGGUCCUGACUGAUUACGACAACUGGGAGGAAGAAAAGUUAUGGACAACAGAGGAAGUGAAAGAUCAUGGCAGGAGAGGAGGAAAAAACGAAAAGAAGGACGUGUUACUAAUGAUGGGCUCUGCAAUGAUCAUAGAUUAUGAUAACAAGAGGUAGGAUUAAUGACUGCAACAGUGGCAGGGGCAUUGGCAAAUGAUAGUGAUAGCAACAAUGGUGACGUCAACAACAAACAGUGGGGAUAAACACCAAUUCGAGGAGACUAUGUUUUAUAGGGGCUUUUGAAUCGGCCAUUGAAUCUAAGGUUGUGGUCUCAAUCUACUCUCUAAACAUCUUUUGUAGGGGAGGAGGGGCAUGUGAGGUUCUUUCACCAAGGAAAUAUUGAGGAGGGAGUGAAGAAGGUAGGUCUCUUGAUUUUCUUCCAUCAUUUCUGGCAUCUGUUGGGUGAUGAGAAGGGAAGUGAGUUUUUGAAUUACUGAGUGAGGAUGUGGUCCAGCAGAUGCUGAUAAAGUCUAUGUAGAAUAGACUGGUUUUGGCAUAAUAGGGCUGUAUGAUUUCGAUGUGUUGGUGAUUGAUUACUUUGGAAAUCCCUUAUUGUGACAAGAGUCCAGAGAGAAUACAGGUCGAUGGUAGCUUGCCAGAGAAAUAUGGUAGGUAUGUGGUUGGAUUUUAUGACGGUUGUCCCUAAGAUGAACUGGCGAUGUGAUUAUUUGGGGGCCUGUGUGUAGAUGGUAUUGGGAUUUGAAGGAAAUUUUCGGGGCCUUUCCCCUUCUCUUUUUUUUUAUGAUUUAUUCUUUAAAAAUAAAAUUUGUGGAUGAUUUCAUAUUAUUUAGAAGACACGAUAUAGUGUUAGAUAAUAUAGAUGGCUGUAAUAGAGUUCUUGACAGUCUCUCGUUAGGAUACAGUUGUUACUUGUCCAAAUGUCAGCAUGGGAGUAAUCCUGAAAUAAUUCUUGUAAGUUUUUUGAUGGAUCAUUUUUUAUGUAAUCUGUCUGAUGAUGGUAACUCUAGAAGUAGCUCAAUAAGUUGUAUUCAUUCAAUCGAUCUGUCAAUCCAUUGGUUAUAUGAAAGCCAUAAUUAUAAGACCGUUGAUCACGCAUGAGAUUCGCUUCUUUCGUUAUUCCCAUUUGCAAUGGUUUAGAUACGAAAACUUUCCUUUUAUUAAGUUGACAUUUUUUCCAAUAAUUUCCAGUUCAGGAUAUAGUUCGUGACCUAGACACUCAGUCAGAAGACUGGUACAUUGCAAUUGAGGCUCUUUAUGAGGUAAUAUUUAAAUAAAGGCUGCAUGAGGUCGCUUUUUUUCAAAUUCUAUGUAUGAUACUUUUGAUGUAACCCUUUGAUGUUACUCAUACCAUACUCCUUUUGUCACAUGUUUCUGCAGAUACUUCCAUCUUUGCAGCCAAUCAUUGUCUAUUUUCCUGAUUCUUCAGAAUGGUUGUCAAGGGCAGUUCCCAAAUCUCAUCGUAAAGAGUUUGUUUCUAAGUUGGAGGAAAUGUUUGAUCAAUUGCUAGGACCAGUUGUUCUCAUUUGUGGGCAAAACAAAGUGGAGAAGGGAGCUCCAAAGGAGAAAGAGAAAUUCGUGAGUACUUUAAAUUUUACCUUAUUUCCGAGGCUAACCUUUACUUUUAUACUUGCCAGACUCGAUGGUUCAUAUUGAUUUUUUGUUCACUGUGGCACAUUGUAUAUAGUCUCGCUUGUAUUUUGUUUUGAAAGUUGUGAACACCUUCAGUUCAUGAACUUGCUCAAAAUAUACUUGAUUACAUUUGCUAAUAAAGUUCUCUAUGUUUUUAUUGCAGAGAGUGGUUAUUCCUCCCCUUGAUCGCAUUGGUCAGCUGGUAAUUUCUCUGAAAUGAUACGGCCUUUUCUAAAUCAUCAGCUUGUUCUUCAUUUCGAUUUCAUGCCAUUGUGUGUAUAAACCCUUAAUUUCUCACGGAGCACCCUUCGUUACCUUGGAUGUGCUACACUUUUUUUUAUUUUAUUUUUUAUGUCGAUCAUGUGCUGCUGAUCACUCCCCAUGACAGUACUUGUAUGAUUAUAUUGGCACUUGAAAGUGUUGCUCUGAUAAAAAUGUUGACGUUGUUGACUUUGGGUGUUUGCUGUUUCUGCUGUUUCAUUUCAUGUGGAGUCCACCAUUGUUUUUGUCCCAUCUUUCAAUGGGGAGUAAGUCGUCCUCUUUUUUUGUUUCCCAUGCGGAUUUUCAUAAUCUCCUUAUCUCAUUUUACAGCCUUUUUCGCUAAAACGACUUACUGAAGGGCUGAAAGCAGCUAAAGCGUCAAAAACUGAUGAUAUAUAUAAGGUUUUUACUAAUGUUGUCUAUGUUCAUCCUCCAAAGGUAACUUCUGCCAUGAUAGUGUCUUAAUUGCACUUUAAUUGAAUUUCAUAUUCUACAUGCUCUAGUUUUAAAUAUAAUUUGCGGUCCUGUAGAAUUUAUUUAUAUUCAGCAUUAUCAUGUUUUCUAAAUUGAUUUGUUAUAUCCGCAAUAGUCACUUUCUAUUCUUUCGUGAUACUUAACAAGAAAACUGCGAGGAGUAGAAACAAAAACGAUAUCUUCGAAUUCUGAUUCGAAGAGGAUAUCAUACAUGCAGCCUGUUGAGGUGGGGCAUUAACUCUAGGUAUCAUUUUUGGUAAUCUUAAUUUUUCUCAUAUGAUGAACGGAAAGUAUACUGAUAUCCUGAGUGUGUACUUCAAAUGAGAAUUAUAAUUUAACCUCAUAAGAGCAAUGUCUGCGCCAAUAGCUAGAUUGUGCAGGAGAUUUAUCCUUCUUUCUACUAAGCACUUUAGAAAUGUAGAGGACUCUGUCUAAUGGAUGGCAGAUUGGGUCAUUAAAGAUGGGAGAUGAUCAAUAAGUCUAGUUCCUGCUCUGGAUAUGCGCUCACACAAUCAAACUUUCAGUUUCGCACUGUUAACGCUCUGAUAUGCUGCAUUGUUCUGCAGGAAGAGGAUCUACUCAAAACCUUCUAUAAACAACUUGAAGAUGACAGAAAAAUUGUAAUAUCGAGGAGUAAUUUAGUUGAGCUGAGUAAGGUAAACAAGUGUGCGCACAAAAUCUAUCAUUUCCUUGGCAAUUUUCCUUUUUCCGCUUAUUGGGAAAUGAUCUUGGGUAUAACUUUUUCCAUGACUUUCUUUAUCUUUCAGGUCUUGGAAGAGCAUGAACUAACUUGCACAGAGCUUUUGAGUGUAAAGACUGAUGGCAUAAUCUUGACAAAGCAGAGUAAGGAGAUUUUUUUUUCUUUGUUUAAUUAAUCUUGCCUAGGGUGCUCCAUGGAGCCUUCACAACCUAGCUAUACAAAUUGACAUGAUGGCAUUAUGACAAGCCAAAAAAAUGUGAUGUUGAUGAUGACGACGAUCAUCAUCAUUCAUGCUCCAUAUUAAGAACUGCAUUCAUAGGUUCUUCUCACUUGGCUCCAAUCCAUCCAUCUGGAAGCCAAAGUCUAGGGUUGAGGAAAUUACUCCCAGUCUUCCAUACCUCUUGCAAUUUCUUUUGGGUGACAUCGUUUGAGAUACUAAUGCAUCAGAUGAUACUGGAGGAACAUAUUUUGGUUGCAGUUGCUUCUUUUUAACUUAUGUUUCACUUGUCUUGUGAUUCUGGGGAGUAGAGGCAGAGAAAGUUGUUGGAUGGGCGAGAAAUCACUACUUAUUCUCAUGCAACCUUCCUUCCAUCAAGGGUGAUAGGCUAAUGUUGCCCCGCGAAAGGUAAUUACCUCAAACAUAAUGGUAUAAUAUGCAAUCUUUUUCUAUAUGAUUCCGCAAAUCUUAUUCCUUUCUGUUUCAUCAUAUGAAGCCUGGAGAUUGCAAUAUCUAGACUACGAGAGCAGGAGAUGGCCCGUUUAAGAGAGAAGCCCUUACAGCAGCUAAAGGUGGGCUUGGGCUCGGUCACGGUUCAACAUCUCCUUCAAGGGCUGGCUUAUCCUUCUUCUGGAAGAACUGACACAGACUGAAUUGCAGAGCCUCGCCAAGGAUGAAUACGAGAACAAUUUCAUUUCCGCAGUCGUCCCUCCAGAGGAGAUUGGUGUGAAGUUCGAUGAUAUUGGCGCUCUUGAGGAUGUGAAGAAGACCCUUAAUGAGCUGGUGACGCUGCCCAUGAGAAGACCGGAGCUGUUUGCCCAUGGAAACCUGUUACGGGUAGACACUGUCCUCUCUCUCUCUCUCUCUCCUUUCUCACCCCAUAUCUUGAAAUGGCUAGGGUUCGUGGUUUGUUUAUUUAUUUAUUUAUUUAUUUAUUAAUUCGUGGGUGUUCAUUCAAUCCCAGCCUUGCAAAGGAAUACUGUUGUUUGGACCUCCAGGUACUGGUAAGACUCUUCUCGCCAAGGCUCUCGCCACUGAAGCUGGAGCCAAUUUCAUCAGCAUUACUGGUUCCAUUCUCACAUCAAAGGUGAGACGAAUGGAGAAUGCCAUUAUGUUCAUGUGGGGCUCUUCCAUUUUCUUCGCAUCAACUAUACAAAAAACAAAAAGAAAAACCAGAAAAAAUAAAAUACCGAAGAUGAGGAAAAAAAAUAUAAUCUAUGAAGAACCAACCUGGCACAUUACUUUCUGCUUUUUCACUUAAAGGAGAUGAUUAUAUGGAGGAUAAUAAAAUAUUUUCGUGAAAAGAAGUCCAUUUUCCAAUAUUCUUUUUUGCGAUUGAAGAAGAAUACAUGGAGUCCAUUUAUUUUUCUCAAACUUUAUUUUCAAUAUAUGUUAUUUAAACCGGCUAAGAAUAUGGGGAGUUCGUUUAUUUUUCUCAAUCCAUCUUUUCCGUAUGAUUUUUUUAUUCUUACAUCUUCUGUGCUGUUCUUCCAGUGGUUUGGAGAUGCUGAGAAGUUGACAAAGGCUCUCUUCUCCUUUGCCAGUAGAUUGGCCCCCGUCAUCAUAUUUGUUGAUGAGGUGGGCACUCGCCAUCCCAUAUUGGUUCUAAUCAUUACUAAUUAUGGAUUCUUAAUAUCUAGGGGAACCUUGCAUUGACUUUCCAUAUUUGUCAUAUCGGCUGUGCCGACGUAGGUUGACAGCUUGCUCGGCGCAAGGGGUGGUGCUUUUGAGCACGAGGCAACGAGGAGAAUGAGAAAUGAAUUUAUGGCUGCAUGGGACGGUCUGAGGUCAAAAGACAGUCAAAGAAUACUCAUUCUUGGCGCCACCAAUCGGCCUUUUGACCUCGAUGAUGCUGUCAUACGCCGGCUGCCAAGAAGGUCGGACUUGCACCGAAAGGAGGUUGACUUUUCACUGUGCGAGUAUCUCACGACGAAUCGUCAUCUUUUGAUCAUCCUUGAUGUGCAGGAUAUAUGUUGACCUUCCCGAUGCCGACAAUCGGAUGAAGAUUCUGAGAAUAUUUCUCUCCCAAGAAAACCUUGACCCAGACUUCAAACUAGAAGAACUUGCCAACUCCACCGAAGGAUACUCUGGAAGUGAUCUGAAGGCAACUCUCCCCAUCAUCCCCUCCUCUUGAGUUCAUAAAGACCUCUGAUCGUUUUCAUGAUCGCUAAUAAUAAAUUAUUUAAUCAUUUAAUUAUUUUGCCAGAAUCUGUGUAUUGCAGCCGCCUACCGGCCGGUCCAGGAACUCCUGGCCGAGGAGGAGGUAUGGGCCUUCUGAUCUUCCUGCUUUUCCCUUGGUUACUGUUUUAGGGUUCUACAGUAACCUGAACCCCAGAUCAGCAAUGAUUUCCGGUUGCCAUUCACAUGAACUCUGGGAUUUGACUCGGAAAAUUCUUCCAGGGAGGCGGGGCGCGAUCUGGGUCAACCCUCAGGCCCCUUAAAUUGGACGACUUUAUUCAAGCAAAGUCAAAGGUACGGGCAAUCCUCAAUUCGUGCGAUUCCUAUUGGAAGCAAAGUCAAAGGUUUGCUCAUCAAGUAAACGAAUGAACCCCUCAGGUCGGCGCAUCAGUGGCUUACGAUGCCGCCAGCAUGAAUGAGCUGAGAAAGUGGAACGAGCAGUAUGGCGAGGGGGGCAGCAGGAGAAGAUCCCCUUUUGGGUUUGGAGACUAA